AUGAAAUCCCUCACUGUAUAUGCAGUUUACAAAAAAUUAAAAGCAAUUAACGAAAGGAAAGCAGCUGGUCUUGAUAAAAUACCGUGCAAACUUUUAAGAAUUUCAGCUGAAAUAGUUGCCCCAUCUUUAACUCAAAUAUUUAAUAAGACUAUAAGUACAAGCAUCUUUCCUACAGACUGGAAGCUAGCGAGAGUUACUCCAAUUUUUAAGAAAGGUAAAAAAGACGACAUGAACAACUAUCGACCAAUAUCUGUUAUUUCUGUAGUAGCAAAGAUUUUUGAAAAGUUUACUUUUGAGCAGUUGUAUGAGUAUCUGAAUAACAACAAUCUAAUAUCUACGUCUCAAUCUGGAUUUCGAUCAUUGCAGCACAGUACACUAACUGCCCUAAUAGAAGCCACGGAUAAUUGGUCAAUAAAUGUAGAUAAAGGCCUUCUUAACGGAGUAAUUUUUAUCGAUCUUAAAAAAGCAUUUGAUACUAUUGAUCACACCAUUAUUUUACGAAAGUUACGAAUUUAUGGUUGUGAAAAUGGUAUCAAAUUCUUCGAAUCAUACCUAAGCAACCGCAGUCAAAGAUGUUGCGUCAAUG